AUGGAGGACGUCACGGCGAAAUGCUUAAGAGAAGGCCAAUAUGGAGAGUGGAUGAGAGCAGUAAAAUGGCUGCAAGGACAACUGUGGAACAUGGAAAACUCCUCUUCAGGGCAAGAAUGGGAACAAGUCUCAUCCCCUACUCUAGGGGAUAUGAAUAUUUUAUCAAAUGAUGAGACCACCAACCAGAUGGUUAUAGAAAUGGAGCAGCACAGGGUGGAAUCCAGCUCUUCAAAGGUUAAUUUAAAUCCUAUCACAACAAGCUUGGACAAGGACAAUAAGAGGUCUAUAACUAAUUAUGCAGUGCAAGAGAAAGACCAGGGUCAAGCAGAUAAGAUGGCGGAAGAUUCCAGUGGGAAUAAGGGUAGUCAGAACAUCAACACAAAAGACCAACCCAAGAGAACUCUGCCGAGCUCAAUGACUGGGAUGAAGACAUGUAAGAGCAAUACCAAGAAAGAAGGGAAACUUCUAAAAAGUGCUGCGGAAAGUGGAAGGACAGUAGAAGUACUAUCAGGCAUGGACAGAAAUAUUAAAAUGGUAAGUGAUCUGAUGACAGAGGAUGGAUACCACUGGGAUGAGGCCAAAAUUUGGAGUCAGAAAUCAUGGAACAUUGUUAUAAAGGAAGAAAAGGAAAUUCUCAAACUCACUAACAUCAUCGAAAUCGACCCAGAGGCAGCUAAAUUGCAAUUGUACACUGCAUCAAAAUGGACCCCGAAACUGUUCAUAUGA